AGGGGCGGGUCCGCCAUGGCGGGGACGGGGCAGGAGGCGGAGUUCCGCUUCUCGGCUCUCUAUAUAAGCCGGCAGCGGCAGCAGCCGCGGCCGCACGGCGGGACUGACCUUCGGUGUGCGGGCCCUAGCGCCAUGGCGCCCUCCAGGAAAUUCUUCGUCGGGGGCAACUGGAAGAUGAACGGAAGGAAGAAGAACCUGGGGGAGCUCAUCACCACCCUGAACGCAGCCAAGGUGCCGGCCGACACCGAGGUGGUUUGUGCACCCCCCACUGCCUACAUUGACUUUGCCCGGCAGAAACUGGAUCCCAAGAUUGCUGUGGCUGCGCAGAACUGCUACAAAGUGACUAACGGGGCCUUCACUGGGGAGAUCAGCCCUGGCAUGAUCAAAGACUGUGGAGCCACGUGGGUGGUCCUGGGCCACUCUGAGAGGAGGCAUGUCUUUGGGGAAUCAGACGAGUUGAUUGGGCAGAAAGUGGCCCACGCCCUGGCAGAGGGCCUCGGCGUGAUCGCCUGCAUCGGGGAGAAGCUGGAUGAAAGGGAGGCUGGCAUCACGGAGAAGGUCGUGUUUGAGCAGACCAAGGUCAUCGCAGAUAACGUAAAGGACUGGAGCAAGGUUGUCCUGGCCUAUGAGCCUGUGUGGGCCAUCGGAACUGGCAAGACUGCAACACCCCAACAGGCCCAGGAAGUCCAUGAGAAGCUCCGAGGGUGGCUCAAGUCCAACGUCUCUGACGCAGUGGCUCAGAGUACCCGUAUCAUCUACGGAGGUUCUGUGACUGGAGCAACCUGCAAGGAACUGGCAAGCCAGCCUGAUGUGGAUGGCUUCCUUGUGGGAGGCGCUUCCCUCAAACCUGAAUUCGUGGACAUCAUCAAUGCCAAACAAUAAGCCCCAUCCAUCUCCCCUGCCCCCCUGCUACGCCAAGAACCAGGUAGCCCAGUAACGGCCCCUAGGCUGCACACGCUUCUCAUGGUGUCGUCUGUCCCCUCUCUUGGCCUAAUCCAAACUGUACCUUCCUCUGCCCUUUACAUCUUCCCCUUGUAAGGGUUGGGACCAGGCCAAUCACUUGUCCACUUACUACAGUGAUUAGAACUAAACAUGUCACCGAGACGGCUUCUCCUUGGCUGAGAGGCAGGAGGGGUGGGGCUUGCUCCCGGGCCCCCUCCAUCCCCAGUGAGGGCAGGAGAGAGCCCAUCCUCCUGUCGCCUCCCAUGCCAUGAGGCCAGGACGCUGCCCUCUCCCGUGGUGCCGAUGCCUGUGUGUGUUGUGUGUGAGCCACCCCACGUGAGGGAAAUAAACACCCAGCACAGUG